AUGCCUUCGUCUGCAGGUGGAACGCAUGGGCAUGCGCAGCAAGGCAUUAACAAUCCGAGACGGCUCUCCUUCGAUGACGCUACAGGGACAGACACAGCCACUGAUGUCCAAGGUGGUACGCAUCAACAUCAGUUGUUGUCAUCUGGUGAGUCUGUUUAUGCACGGCAACACCCGACACUGCUGGGAGCAGAGGGUGGAGCAGCGUGUCCUGCAAAAUUUGGACGAGAUACUACCGGUAGCAUAGAUAAGGAUCUUCAUGAAGACGUAAUAGUUCCAGUGAUCGGUGGCAAUUCUAGUUCUCCGAAUGUCUUUAAGGCAGGUCGUGCUGGUAAACAGAUGAACAGAGGAGACCACGAACAAGGUGGGGGUUCUUCUUCGAGCACUUCGAAAAAAUUGAACGAUAUCAAUACGACGGCGUCGUCUCCUGCACAUGCACAUGCACAGCAUCAUCCAACACCUUACUUAUCAGCUGUAAAUACGAACUCGGGAGCAGUACUGGGAUCUACUACAGCUGCUGGUCAUCCAAACUACGCAGGAACAAGUGGAGGUGGAGAUGGAACCUUAAUAGCAAGAAAUAAUCGCACCACUCCUUCAUGGAUUUCCUCUGCUUCUUCGGCGCAACAAUCAGCGGAAACGACUACUAGCAAUGGGAAUUCACUCACCCGAGUUUAUGGCUUUCGUUUUCGUCUCCUAAAAAUGAUUGUAGGGUAGUUUCAUCUUCAAGAUGACGAUGAGCAGGUGCUACUUCGUCUACUAGUACUUUCUGGAAAUUAAUAUACUUGAUUUUUGCAAUCAUGAGGAUGGUCCUCAUUCUGCAGAUCAUAGUAGAAGGGUUAAGGCUAUUAUCAUGUAUCGUCAGCUUCCUGCUCUUCUAAUGAGGAGUUCCAUCUCCAUUGCCAAAUGCCAAUAGUAAUAGUAGUUCGGUGAGAGC